UGUCUUUUGCUAGGGUUUACUUCUUUCGAACGCCAAAACGAGUUCGUGCCAUUGAAGAGGGAAAGAAGAGAAGAGGGCUCUAAAAGACUUUUCAACAAUCCAAAAAGAUCGCAUUCCUUAGCUCCUUUUCAUUUCCUCACAAUCAUCACACUGUAUCAGGUUCAUUUCUUCGAUUAGGGUUUGUGUUCUACCGGUUUCUUGUUUAUCUUUGGAUGGAUUGAUUGAUAAAUGAUGAGUAUUGUGUUAGGGUAAGCCUUACUGAUGGCGAAGGAUGACUUGAAUACGAAAGUUCCUGUUGAAGAAGAAAAAGGAACUUCUAAUCUUGCUGAUGGAAAUGAAGAAGCUAGUGACCCUUCUACAUUGCAAGAAGAAGUUGAGGGGAAAGUUGAUGGUCUAGCAUUAGAUGAGCCAUCAGAAGGUGCAAAGAAGAAGAAGAAGAAAAAUAAAAGCAAGAAGAAAAAGGAACCGCCACGGCAAACUGAUCCACCAUCUAUUCCAGUUGUUGAACUUUUUCCAUCAGGGGAUUUCCCAGAGGGAGAAAUUCAACAAUACAAAGAUGAUAAUUUAUGGAGGACUACAUCUGAGGAAAAGAGGGACUUGGAGCGCCUGGAAAAACCCAUUUAUAAUUCAGUUCGCCAAGCCGCAGAAGUUCAUCGUCAGGUUCGGAAAUACAUUAAAAGUAUUUUGAAGCCUGGAAUGCUGAUGACUGACCUCUGUGAGACACUGGAGAAUACUGUCCGUAAGUUGAUAUCAGAGAAUGGUCUGCAAGCAGGCAUUGCAUUCCCCACGGGAUGCUCUUUGAAUUGGGUUGCAGCUCAUUGGACCCCAAAUGCUGGAGAUAAGACUGUGCUUCAGUAUGAUGAUGUUAUGAAACUGGAUUUUGGAACUCAUAUAGAUGGACAUAUAGUUGACUGUGCGUUUACAGUGGCUUUCAAUCCUAUGUUUGAUCCAUUGCUUGAGGCCUCACGGGAAGCUACUAAUAUUGGUAUAAAGGAAUCUGGUAUUGACGUACGCCUGUGUGAUGUUGGUGCUGCAAUCCAAGAAGUUAUGGAGUCAUAUGAGGUUGAAAUUAACGGGAAGGUGUUCCAAGUUAAAAGUAUCCGUAAUCUGAAUGGACAUAGUGUUGGGCGCUAUCAAAUCCAUGCUGGAAAAUCUGUUCCUAUAGUGAAAGGAGGAGAACAGACAAAAAUGGAAGAGGGUGAAUUUUUCGCAAUAGAAACUUUUGGCUCUACAGGUAAGGGAUAUGUAAGAGAAGAUCUGGAGUGCAGCCAUUACAUGAAGAAUUUUGAUGUUGGUCACAUUCCACUGCGGUUACCAAGAGCAAAGCAACUACUUGCCACAAUCAAUAAGAACUUCUCCACAUUGGCUUUCUGCAGACGUUAUCUGGACCGCCUAGGGGAGACUAAAUAUCUAAUGGCACUAAAGAAUUUGUGUGAUGCUGGUAUUGUUCAGCCUUACCCUCCUCUUUGUGACAUCAAGGGCUCCUAUGUGUCUCAGUUUGAGCAUACUAUCUUACUCCGACCAACUUGCAAAGAGGUCAUAUCAAGAGGUGAUGACUAUUGAUUGUGACGAAUCAAAUCUUGGCUUUGGCUUGGUGAUACCCGCACGUUGGCUCUACAUUCCAAUUCAGAUGUGAAGGAAUUGCGCCAGAUCUUCUGUUUUGAAAUUUAUGAUUAUUCCACCGCCAAUUGCCAUCCCAAGAAAAAAUCUAGCUUAUACAAGUAUAUUAAAUAAACUUGUCUGUCUAAAAGAAUACACUUGAUAACCUUUUUGGUACUGCUUUUUGGGAGAUACUGGGUAAGGUUUGCUUGUACCCAAUCUCUGUUCCACAUCCCAAUCUAUGAUUUAGCUAUUGAUCCAAAAAAUUGUGAAAGCAAAAUAUUUUUAGUGAAGCAUGGGAAAUGAAUGAAUACGCAUAGAUGUUGGCUUGUGCUCUCCUUCUGUACUUACCUAAAGACGAAAAGUGCGUGACUAGCGCAUUUUAGACAGGUGCUUGGUUUGGGUUUCUUCUUCAAUUCUCAACUCUUAUGCUGCAGGGCA